CUUCUUUUCCGUUAGGUGUUGAGUCUGUCCCAAGUCAUUCCCUUUACAUGAAUAUUUCUUUAAAAAACGCACAGCUUAAUUGGAAUUUUAAGUAGACCAAAAUCACCCAACUUUUUCUUACUUACUCCGCUCUCCCUUUUACAGCAUUAUAUAAAGGCUUCAUUUUGAGAAGUAUUGUCACAGCUGAACCUGAUCUCUUUUGGUGGGUAAUUAAUUUCUUAGGUUUUCUUUUUCAAUCUUCUGAAUUCUGAUCCGCCAUUGACUAGAGAAGAAAGAAAAUGGGAAGCUCUAUUAGUGUCAGAUUUGGGUGUUUGAUUUUCAUGGUUUUGUACACGGUAGCAUCAAGCUUUGCAGCGGUUUACACUGUGGGAGAAGGUUCAGGCUGGGCAUUGGGUGUUGAUUAUUCCGGUUGGACAAGUGAUAAGACCUUUGUAGUUGGUGAUACCCUUGUUUUCAACUACGGGAGUGGACACACAGUGGAUGAAGUGAGUGACAGCGACUACAAGACAUGCACCGUCGGCAAUUCAAUCAGCACAGACAGCAGCGGCGCCACCAAAAUCGCCCUGAAGACCGCCGGCACUCACAACUUCAUCUGUGCCGUAAUGGGUCACUGCACCGGCGGCAUGAAGCUUGCCGUCAACGUAGCCGCCGGCUCAACCGCCUCACCGUCGGGAACCCCCGCCACCACGACUCCUUCAGACGCUUCUACUCGGAACACAACGGGAACCACUGUAUACACACCAGGCGUCACAACAAAUAUGCCUCAAGGAUACUCCGCUUCUGGGACUCUCUCUCCAUGGAUGGCCAUUGUUACUACUUGUGUGGCUUUGUUUACCUGGGUUCUAUCGUAAGUUUUCAGGCCAGGGUGCUUGUACGUCUACUACCCGCGCCCUUAGCCAGGAGAGAGGCAGUGCUUUCAUUGUUUUUUAAUUUCUUUCUCUGUGACUGUUCAUCUGUAAUGAUGAGAAAUAUUAUUUCGUUUGAUCUUUUUAUUAAUGAGUUGUUAAUUUUAUUUAUAUUGGCGAACGA